AUGGGGAGACUGUGUCAGUCUAAUUAUUGUUCAUCUUCUGUUUUUUCUAGUGGCUUUCACAAUUCUUUUUCUCUAAAAUUCUACAGUUUCACUGUCAUGUGUCUUCUUGUAAUUUAUUCAUAUUUAUCCUACUUGGGAUUCAUUUUUGUACUUCAGUCUGUGGAUUUCUGUCUCUCAUGAAUUCUGGGAAUUUUUUAGCUUUUAUCUGUUCAAACAUUGUCUCUCACUUUUUUCCUCCAGUUUUUCCCUGUAGAGCUAAUGUUUAGUGUACUUUUAACCUUCAUAUCCUCCACGUUCAGUAUGUACUCUUUCAUAUUUUUGCAUCUCUUGGUAAUCUCAGCUCUGUCUUUCAUUUCUCUGCAGUGUCUGAUGGGGUAUUUAAUCUAUCUUUUAGAUUUCUAAUUUUAUUGGCUCUUAGAUUUUAUUUCUGGAAGUUCUAUUUGACUAUUUAGCAAGGUUAGCCUGUCCUUUUUUGUUUUUGUUUUUGAGAUAGAAUUUCGUUCUUCCUGAGCAGGCUGGAGUGCAGUGGCACAAUCUCGACUCACUGCAACCUCUGCCUCCUGGGUUCAAGCGAUUCUCCUGCUUUAGCCUCCCGAGUAGCUGGUAUUAUAGGCAUGCGCCACCAUGCCUAGCUAAUUUUUUUGUAUUAUUACUAGAGAUGGGGUCUCACCAUGUUGGUCAGGCUGGUCUUGAACUCCUGACCUCAGGUAAUCUGCUCGCCUCGGCCUCCCAAAGUGCUGGGAUUACAGGCGUGAGCCACCACGCCCAGCCCAGCCUGUCCUUUUCUUAGUAACUUUUUAACCUUUCCUUAUGUUUAUGCUCUUGGGAGCACUUUCUAGUGUCCAGCGUCUCGCGUUCUUGGACAGCGGCCCUUCUGCAUGUCUUGUAUGCUGACUCUCACUCAUGGUGGGGUUGUGGUUUUUGAUUGGGAAAGUUGUUUUCUCUCUUUUGAGUCCUCUCAGGUCUCAAUUGUGGAGAUGUCUUUCUGGUUGGUUUUACUUGCUCUUCUGCAGCAUACCCGAUAAGAUUUUAGGUUCCAGGAUUCCUGUAUCAAGUGCCCGUUAUGACCUAUUCCUGCUAGCCUGCAUGGGGCACAGGUCUGAGAAUUCCAUUUCUCACCGGAAACUUUGUUCCUUCGCUACUCCAAGUGCUGGACAGAAAUAGUAUCCCUACAUCACAUCAUGCUGCCUUCUGAUAGCUUUUGAGCUGUGGUUAAGGGUUUUGGAUAUACUUGUUCUUAAUCAUUUGUUUUCUGUGUAUUACAGUUUUUAUAGAAUGGUCUCAACGUUUAUGGCACCUUUGGUACACGGGUGGUCUAUCUAGGUAUUUGUUUGUUGUUUGUUUUUUGUUUUUAAUCUUUUUGUGACUGCCGAUACCUGACUAUGAAAUCAGGGAGGACUUAGGAAACUUAAGGAAACCUUGAGAAGUAGGAACCUGAAUAACAUGAUAAACUCAGAAUCACAGUUGAGGAGGUGAGUGGCACUGGAUUUGAAAGAGAAGCCCGGAGGGCAUCCAAGAUAGCCGAAUAGGAACAGCUCCGGUCUACAGCUCCCAGCGUGAGCGACGCAGAAGACGGGUGAUUUCUGCAUUUCCAUCUGAGGCUUAAGAAACGGCCCACCAGGAGAUUAUAUCCCUCACCUGGCUCGGAGGGUCCUUCGCCCACACAGUCUCGCUGAUUGCUAGCACAGCAAUCUGAGAUCAAACUGCAAGGCGGCAGCGAGGCCAGGAGAGGGGCGCCCGCCAUUGCCCAGGCUUGCUUAGCCCUCCAAGCCACAAAACUGUGGUGAAUGGAAAAGAAUGUAUAAACUUCGCCUCAUUUAAUUUUCUUGGAUUGUUGGAUAACCCUAGGGUUAAGGCAGCAGCUUUAGCAUCUCUAAAGAAGUAUGGCGUGGGGACUUGUGGACCCAGAGGAUUUUAUGGCACAUUUGAUGUUCAUUUGGAUUUGGAAGAGCGCCUGGCAAAAUUUAUGAAGACAGAAGAAGCCAUUAUAUACUCAUAUGGAUUUGCCACCAUAGCCAGUGCUAUUCCUGCUUACUCUAAAAGAGGGGACAUUGUUUUUGUAGAUAGAGCUGCCUGCUUUGCUAUUCAGAAAGGAUUACAGGCAUCCCGUAGUGACAUUAAGUUAUUUAAGCAUAAUGACAUGGCUGACCUCGAGCGACUACUAAAAGAACAAGAGAUCGAAGAUCAAAAGAAUCCUCGCAAGGCUCGUGUAACUCGGCGUUUCAUUGUAGUAGAAGGAUUGUAUAUGAAUACUGGAACUAUUUGUCCUCUUCCAGAAUUGGUUAAGUUAAAAUACAAAUACAAAGCAAGAAUCUUCCUGGAGGAAAGCCUUUCAUUUGGAGUUCUAGGAGAGCAUGGCCGAGGAGUCACUGAACACUAUGGAAUCAAUAUUGAUGAUAUUGAUCUUAUCAGUGCCAACAUGGAGAAUGCACUUGCUUCUAUUGGAGGUUUCUGCUGUGGCAGGUCUUUUGUAAUUGACCAUCAGCGACUUUCCGGCCAGGGAUACUGCUUUUCAGCUUCGUUACCUCCCCUGUUAGCUGCUGCAGCAAUUGAGGCCCUCAACAUCAUGGAAGAGAAUCCAGGUAUUUUUGCAGUGUUGAAGGAAAAGUGCGGACAAAUUCAUAAAGCUUUACAAGGCAUUUCUGGAUUAAAAGUGGUGGGGGAGUCCCUUUCUCCAGCCUUUCACCUACAACUGGAAGAGAGCACUGGGUCUCGCGAGCAAGAUGUCAGACUGCUUCAGGAAAUUGUAGAUCAAUGCAUGAACAGAAGUAUUGCAUUAACUCAGGCGCGCUACUUGGAGAAAGAAGAGAAGUGUCUCCCUCCUCCCAGCAUUCGGGUUGUGGUCACAGUGGAACAAACAGAGGAAGAACUGGAGAGAGCUGCGUCCACCAUCAAGGAGGUAGCCCAGGCCGUCCUGCUCUAGGCAGAGUCCCGGGACCAUGGCCUCCUGCCACACAACACGCAGAGAGGACUCAAGACUCCCGCUGGCCAUGGAGUGGCCUGAAAGAGAGCAAGAACAUGUGGAUCUUUGAUAGGAUUGUUACCAAAUGGUGUCAAUAUGGACCAAUUGUGUGACCAUGAGAAGGAUGCUUAUUUUUUUUAAAAAGAAAACACAUCUAAAAGCCCAGGAACUGAUUUUUUUAAGAGGAAAACUAAUGACAGUGUAUAACUGAUGUUUAAAUUGUGCAUUUAGUACUAUUUAAAUGUUUUCUUAUACUAGUAUUUUAUAUUCUUUUGUUGUCGUUUAAAACUGGAGCUUCAGUGUCUCUUCCCUCCCUCUAAUAGUAAUGGUUCAGUAAGCACUCCUUAACUCCUUAGUAUUUCAUAGAAAAAUGACUGCAACAUUAAAGCUAAGAGGAACACUUCAACAUAUGUGGUACAAAUUUAUAUUGAAGAUCUAAAUAAACCGCGUAUUUUCCAGUC